CUGGGCAAGAUCGCUACUGGUCUCGGUGGAAAGGGACUUGGAAAGAGUACCGCUAAGCGUCACCGGCAUCACCAAAGGAAGCAUCCGNNUCGCCUGGCUCGUCGCGGUGGUGUCAAGCGCAUCUCGGCUACCAUCUAUGAAGAGGUCCGCUCUGCCCUGAAGAGCAGACUGCACAUGAGUACUGCCCGUAAGACCAUCACUGUACCUGAUGUUGUCUUUGUUCUGAACAGACACGGAACUCCCAUCUAUGGGUUUAAUGCUCCUUUCCGCACCCGUACC